GCAUUGCUGCUGCUGCUUUCCAAGAGUAGGAAGGCUUCAGUUCUGCAGGCUCCCUUCUCUUGAAACCCCACGCAGUUCCCCUGCAGCCACCCCAAACUUAGACCUGUUUGCUUAACCCAUCUAUGCUGCUCAGGGUGCCUCCACCCAAUCCUCACUGGUCCGUCUCUUCGCAGACCUAGGUCUCUGCCAGGAUCCCCCGGUGACCGUUGGCGGGAGGGGCCGAGGACUUAGGAAGAAGGGGGUGCCCCACCAGGAGCAGCAGCGGCGGUGGCGGCGGGACGCAGGAGCAGUCCCGAGGCUGGCAGCGGAUGAGACUGGGACCAACUGAGACUGCUGGAUUUGCUACUGUCACUGUUGUCUCCUCUUCCCCACGGGCCCUCUCCCAUCUCGCUUCUCUAAGAUGGCAGCCAGCAGCUCUCAGGUCUCUGAGAUGAAGGGGGUGGAAGACAGUUCCAAAACCCAGACAGAAGGUCCCAGGCAUUCUGAAGAAGGACUAGGUCCUGUCCAGGUUGUAGCAGAGAUCCCAGACCAGCCAGAGGCCCUUCAGCCGGGCCCAGGCAUCACUGCAGCCCCUGUGGACUCAGGGCCUAAGGCAGAGCUGGCACCAGAAACCACAGAGACCCCAGUUGAAACCCCAGAAACAGUCCAGGCCACAGACCUCAGUUUAAACCCAGAAGAAGGCUCCAAGGCCAGCCCCAGCCCCAGCCCCAGCGAGGCACGCCAAGAGCCAGCAUCCAAACCAGAUGUGAACAGAGAGACUGCAGCAGAGGAAGGGUCUGAGCCGCAGUCUACAGCCCCUCCUGAGCCAACCUCGGAGCCUGCUUUUCAGAUAAACACCCAGUCAGACCCUCAGCCAACUUCCCAGCCUCCUCCUAAACCACCCCUUCAGGCAGAGCCCCCCACCCAAGAGGACCCUACCACAGAGGUCCUGACAGAAAGUACAGGGGAAAAACAAGAAAACGGAGCAGUGGUUCCCCUUCAGGCUGGUGACGGGGAAGAGGGCCCAGCCCCCCAACCUCACUCACCACCCUCAACUAAAACACCCCCAGCCAAUGGGGCUCCCCCCCGUGUGCUGCAGAAACUCGUUGAGGAAGACAGAAUAGGAAGGGCACACGGUGGGCAUCCAGGAUCUCCUCGAGGUAGCCUAAGCCGUCAUCCCAGCUCCCAGCUGGCAGGGCCUGGGGUGGAAGGGGGCGAAGGCACCCAGAAACCUCGGGACUAUAUCAUCCUUGCCAUCCUGUCCUGCUUCUGCCCCAUGUGGCCUGUCAACAUUGUGGCCUUCGCUUAUGCCGUCAUGUCCCGGAACAGCCUGCAACAGGGGGACGUGGAUGGGGCUCAACGUCUGGGCCGAGUAGCCAAGCUCUUAAGCAUCGUGGCGCUGGUUGGGGGGGUCCUCAUCAUCAUCGCCUCCUGCGUCAUCAACUUAGGCGUGUAUAAGUGAGGGGCUCUGCCCUGCAUUCCAAGACUUUUCUUCCUGUUGGGAGCUGUCUUGGGUCCAUCCCUGUCCUGGGAGAAUCCCAGUCCAUGGCCCUGGCCCCCAUCUCUAGGGACCAAGGGAGCCUGAGCGGCCUUGUUUACAGCUUCUUUCCCCCUGCAUCCUGCCAGGCUCCUCUGCCAGCCAUAGGCUUCCUUUCUCCCUGCACUUUUGCCUGCAGACCCCCACCCCACUCCUGCCUCUUGACCUCCCUAACCCUGCACUCUGAAAACCUCUCUGCACUUCUGGAAGCCUUCCUGAACAUCUAAAUUGUACUCUGCACCUCUGCAUCUCUCCCAGCCUCCCUGCACUUCUUCCUGCCUCUGGAAUCCUCUGAACCUUAUCCCUGGCCUCCCAACGUUCAUUGUCUUGGUAUCUAACCCAUCCCGUUCUCCCCUUCCUUAACACCGUUUUUCCCCUUGCCACGUCCCCUGACCCUUUCUCCCUUUUCAUCUCCCCCUUAGCGUCUUCACCCUCCUGCCAACACUUAGUCUGCAAAAACUGCAGUACUUAGGUCAGGCUGAGGGAAGAAGGAUGGUGUGGGGAGAGGAGCCUAGCUGGGGGCUCUGACUGUUCUCUACUGGGGACCACCCAGGCCCAGACCAUACCCUACCCCUACCCCUAAGGUGCCUAUUGGGUCCCAAAGCUGGCAAGUGAGUCCUCACCUGGGGGACCUUCUGAGAGUCCUUAUUCUGAACAUCCAGGGGAGGAAGGGGCAUAGCUGCGCCUGAAGAGUCAGCCUGAAUUGAUCUGCCCGUUUGGGCUUUUUAACCUCAGAGUUUCUUGUUUGAAGGUCUAUUUAUGUGCUUUGUAAACAGUAGAAUUCAAAACAAAACAAACAAACAAAAACAGGACCAAAGUUCCCAGCUGCAGGGAGCAAGGGAAGGGUGGGGGAGCUCUGUAAUUAUUCUCUAAGAGGAUGAGGGAGGUUUGUUGCACGCGACAGCCCUCUGAGGAGGCAGAGAGCCAGCUGCGAUGCAUUUCAGAGUUGGCGGGGUUUUUUGUUUGUUUCCUUUCUUUUUUAAAAAAAAAAAAAAAAGUUGGGGGAAAACUAAAAUUCCUUUUCAAAAAAUAAAACUGAGUCUCCCUUUUUGUAUGCUGAAUGCUGCAUGAGUCUUAAACACUAAUAAACAGAGAAUGCAUGAGACUGGC